AUGUCGAAUCUGGCGGCCCAGCUCGCGGGCGUGCUCCAAGCCUGCAUCAAGCGAAACCCAAAGCCCAACCGCGCGCACGCUAAGGCCGCCCACGCGCGCGUCCUCGCCGGCGGCUUCGCCGCCGACAUCUUCCUCCUCAACCGCCUGGUCGAGCUCUACUCGCUCUCUGGCCUUCCGCGCGACGCCCUCCGCGCCUUCCGCACCCUGCCUCACCCCAACGCCUACUCCUACAAUGCUGCGCUCUCGGCGGCCAGCCGCGCGGGCGACCUCGACGCGGCCCGGACGCUGCUCGACGAAAUGCCCGAGCCGAACGUCGUCUCCUGGAACACCGUCAUCGCCGCGCUGGCGCGGUCCGAGCGCGCGGGCGAGGCGCUGGGCCUCUACGAAGGGAUGCUGCGGGAGGGCCUCGUCCCGACGCACUUCACGCUUGCCAGCGUGCUCAGCGCUUGCGGCUCCAUGGCCGCGCUCGAGGACGGGAGGCGCUGCCACGGGCUCGUGGUCAAGGUCGGGCUUGAAGAGAACCUGUUCGUGGAGAACGCGCUCGUUGGCAUGUACACCAAGUGCGGCAGCGUUGGGGAUGCUGUGCGGCUGUUCGACCGGAUGGCUUGCCCGAACGAGGUGUCGUUCACGGCGAUGAUGGGAGGGCUGGCACAGACUGGGUCCGUUGACGAUGCGCUCAGGCUGUUCGCGAGGAUGUGCAGGAGCGGGGUACGUGUUGAUCCCGUGGCCGUGUCAAGUGUUCUGGGCUCGUGCGCACAAGCUGGCGCCAGCGAGUUCAACGUUCUUCGCGCUUUCCAGCUUGGGCAGUGCAUUCACGCCUUGAUCAUCAGAAAAGGCUUCGGGGCAGACCAGCAUGUGGGGAACUCCUUGAUCGAUAUGUACACCAAGUGCAUGAAAAUGGACGAGGCUGUCAAGGUGUUCGACUCAUUGCCCAGCGUCAGUAUUGUUUCUUGGAACAUCCUUAUAACUGGAUUUGGCCAGGCGGGCAGUUAUGAGAAGGCUUUGGAAGUAUUGAACCUGAUGGUAGAGUCGGGCUCUGAGCCCAAUGAGGUCACUUACAGUAACAUGCUGGCGUCCUGUAUUAAGGCGAGGGAUGUUCCAUUUGCUCGUGCAAUGUUCGACAAUAUAUCAAGGCCGACUUUGACUACGUGGAAUACACUUUUGUCUGGUUACUGCCAGGAGGAACUGCAUCAAGAAACAAUCGAGCUGUUUAGGAAAAUGCAGCAUCAAAAUGUGCAGCCUGACCGAACAACUCUGGCCGUGGUCCUCAGUUCAUGCUCAAGAUUGGGGAAUUUGGGCCUUGGAGCACAAGUUCAUUCUGCUUCAGUAAGACUCCUGUUGCAUAAUGACAUGUUCGUCGCUAGUGGUUUGGUGGAUAUGUAUGCAAAAUGUGGACAGGUUAGUAUUGCCAGGAGCAUUUUUAACAGGAUGACAGAGAGAGAUGUGGUGUGUUGGAAUUCUAUGAUCUCAGGUUUGGCUAUCCAUUCUUUCAAUAAAGAGGCCUUUGAUUUCUUCAAGCAGAUGCGACAAAAUGGAAUGAUGCCCACAUCCUCCUCCUAUGCUACCAUGAUUAAUUUAUGUGCAAGACUUUCUUCCGUACCUCAAGGUAGGCAGAUACAUGCACAAGUUGCGAAAGAUGGUUAUGAUCAGAAUGUCUAUGUGGGUAGUGCCCUGAUCGAUAUGUAUGCUAAAUGUGGCAACAUGGACGAUGCACGCCUUUCCUUCGACAGCAUGGUGACUAAGAAUAUAGUUGCAUGGAAUGAGAUGAUACAUGGAUAUGCUCAGAAUGGUUUCGGAGAAAAAGCCGUUGAACUAUUUGAGAAUAUGUUAACUACAGAACAGCGGCCAGAUAGUGUCACUUUCAUUGCCGUCCUAACAGGAUGUAGUCACUCUGGGCUCAUAGAUGAAGCUAUUGCAUUCUUUAAUUCCAUGGAGAGUACUUACAGAAUUACACCACUGGCUGAGCAUUACACUUGUCUCAUAGAUGGAUUGGGGCGAGCGGGUCGGCUUGUUGAAGUGGAGGCACUAAUAGAACAGAUGCCAUGCAAAGAUGAUCCUAUAGUGUGGGAAGUUCUACUUGCUGCCUGUGCUGUACAUCAUAAUGCUGAAUUGGGGGAAUGUGCCGCGCACCACCUGUUCCACCUUGAUCCAAAGAACCCAUCACCUUAUGUGCUCUUGUCAAACAUAUAUGCUUCCUUAGGCCGACAUGGGGAUGCAUCAGGUAUUAGGGGAUUGAUGAUUAGCCGUGGAGUUGUCAAAGGUCGUGGAUACAGCUGGAUAAAUCACAAGGAUGAUGUCCGUGCCUUUAUGGUUGCUGAUGAUCUUCAGACGAUCAAUGGAGAAUCUACAAUGUUCAGCAAUCAAGAUAGCACUGCUGGGGUUACAGAAGUACACCAGAAAGAGACAUGUGCUGAUUGAUUUGCGCUUUUUGAUAUCAGACACACUACUGAAUCUGUUUUAGUGAUAGCUGAAUUCAGUAGUGCCACUUUUGUGCAAUUUGCUUGAGAGCCUCAAGUUUUACUAUUGCACGUAGCUUCAUGUGGCUGGAAGAUGGGAACACAGUCUGAAGAUUUAGUAGAAAGAAUAUGCAAGACAGGAAUGGGCUGCGUUGCAGAUUAGGUGCUAAUGAAAUUAUAUGCUCGGUUCAUGUCAUUACAUGGUGCAGAGCUUCAUCUUGAUGAGCAUGUACUAUGAUAAGUUGUGCAUGUGAAAUAGCAAAAGCAAUUGUUGCCGGAGAAAUACCAUUGUGCUGAAAAUCUGAGCUGAAUGCUGCAGGAUGCAAUAACUGCAUUCACAGCUUCACAAUGGUUGAUUUAAGAGCCAGUGGAUAUAACUUUUGGAUAAUCAUUAUCUGGCUUCGCUUCCCAUUCUGUUCAAGAUCCAUCGUAAACUGGAACGUCAUGCUUCCCAAUUCUAUAGAGCCCCUGUAAAGAAAUAUUGUUAGACACUGCCUGGCAGAGUCAAUGUCUCAGUGAUAAUAUCCAAGAAGAGCAUGUUAGAUUUCCAGACUAGAGCAAAGUAUGCAGGCAGUUACACCAGAUCCGCAUGUGAUGACUAUCAGGUGAUCAAAGAGAAGUUCCUGAAGAGACAUCAAGCCAGGUGCUAUUAUUAUUAUUGCUUGGUGAAACUUUUCUACUUCAUGUACACAUCUGAUAGACCUAAGAAAUGGUUGCUUCUUAGGUCAGAAUGUAGUUCUGUUUUCUGUACUGUACACAUUCGAUUUUUUUUAAACUUGCUUCCUUGCAUAGCAAAGGCCAUAAUAAACUAUGAGUUUCAGACUAGAACAGUAAGAUGAAACAGAAUUCACACGUGCUUGCUCAAAUUUCUUACAUAGCUCGUCUGCAUUGGUGCACCAUCAAUCAUUUGGGAGAAGACUAACAAUGUCAUAUUCUUAGCCUUUUGUGGUUAUCCAAGUAUAUCUGUUCCUAUAAAAGACCCAGUUGGUGAUGAUGGUGUGUCUGUCAUCCGUCAUUCCUGACCAUCAGAUCUGCAUCUAAUGAUUGUGAGGGGAUGCAACAAUACAGAGGGGGAAAGGAACUUCUAUAGUCUAUACGACUUUGGUAUGCUGCAAUGUGGAACUCUGCAGCGAAAUCCUCAUUGGCAGGAUGAUAACCAGGCUGAUGUGCCCUUAGGCGUGAAAAGAACCAGCGAUGAUCUUUGGCGUCCAGCAGUAGCGAUUCUAGUAGGGAGGCUUCAAUAGCCUGAAGCCUACCCUUCAAGAUCCCAUUUCAGUUAAAUAUACCAUAUGAUAAUUACAUCAAGGUGCUUUACAUGCAACAAUUUCAGUGUAUUUGCUAAUUAGGUUUAGUAAAUUGAUGUUUUGAGCCUACCCUCUACUAUCACACUAGAUUCGCCACUGGCGUCCAGCGUGUGUGUUUUGUGUUGCCAUAACGAAGACUGCCGUUGCUCCUUCCACGACAGUGUUUGAGUCUGAAGAUGGUUAACUCAGAUUUGUUGUUCCUAUUUAUAACAUCUAUUGUGUUUGCCCGUAGGAUUAUCAUAUUCACAACUUAAGGUCAGUUCCUUUUGUGAUA